AAUAUGACUGAUUUGGUUUAAACAUUCUCAAUUCAUUAAAAAAAGCAUCACAGGUUAAGAUGAUGUAAUAAAAGUUAGUACUUAGAAAUAAUAGAAGGGAUUGUUAAUCAAAGGAGUGACAGCUAGAAAUAAUAUGAAUCUUAAGUUAUGGUUAAAUGAAGUAAUGAAUAGGAAAGAGAUAGAUUUGAAAUUGGGAAAAAUAGACAUAAAUUAUCAUAGAUAAGAUAAAUAGUUGAAAAAUUAUAAUGAUGCAAUAUUGCCAAGCAUAUUUCGAGAUGUAGAAGAAAGUCUAAUAUUUCCAUUGAUUUGUUAUUAAAAAAGUAUAGAUUAAUAAUUUUAAAAGGAACCUGUAGACAAUUGAUGAGAGAAAGUAAGAUUUUGAUUUUACAUUAGUUAGAUUUGAAUAGAAUGUGACAUCUUUAUUACCAAGUGAUAAAAGAAAUUCUAUAUUAUAUGGAUUAAUAAGAGAAUUGUUAUAUGAGAUAGAGUUUAGAGAAGAAAAUAUUUUGAUUUGUUAAUAAAAGGUUACUAAAGUGUUUUACAUAUAUUUUACUGAUAGUUAGAUAUGUCCUAUAUCUAAAUGUUGUUACACAUCUGUAGUAUUAGUGUUAGGUUAAAUUUUUGGUGGUUAAAUAAGAUGUAAUAAUGAAAAUUGUCCAAUAAAGAUUCUUGUCACCUUUGAUAUAUAGGAAGAUUUAUUAUGGAAAACAAACUUAGUUGAUUAAAGCAAUUUAUAUUCUAAAUAUAUUAUUAGUGGUAAAUUUAAAAUCAAUAGUCUAAAAACAUCGAUAUAACCAUCAGAUAAUUCAAGAUCGAAUCAUAAUCAAAAUAUUAAAAGUCAAAUCAGUUAUACUGAUAGAAUUUAGACCAAAUUAAACUUAUCUUAAUUAAGUAAUUACUAACAAAAAAGAGAAAAGAAAAAUAGAAAUAGAAAUAAAAGUGGAUUUCAAUCUGAUGAUUAAAAUAUAUAUUAAAAAUGA